AUGGCAGAUGUUGCAUUUGAUCAUAUAACCCAAGAGGUCAGGGGAACAGUAUAUCCUGGUAAGCUCAGGCUCAGAGAAGAUGAAUUCAUGUAUAAAAAUGAGAAAACCGGGAAAGUGGAUCAUUUCUCGCGGUCAGACAUUGAAUCAGCUCAGUGGAUUGCUCGUGCUGCAGGGUUGGGUCUUCGCAUUAAAUUGAGAAACAGCUCUCUGUACCGAUACGAUGGGUUUGGCGAGACUGAGGCUGAAAAAGUGGGGGCAUUUUUCAAAAAGUACUUUAACGUGGAAAUUGUGAAACGUGAAUUAUGCUACAAAGGAUACAAUUGGGGAGAUGUAGACUUUGAUGGCGAUGUCCUGGAGUUUUCAGUGAAAAACGCAAUGUGUUUUGAAGUUCCACUGAGUAAUGUUGCUAACGCUGUACUAAAUAAGAAUGAAAUUAUAUUCGAAUUUCACCCGAAUGACGAAGCUGAGAUAUCUUUGUCAGAAAUGCGUCUGUAUACCCCCGGAACGGAGGCUGAUCGAGAAGGCAAAGCCCCCUUAAUUUACUCUAAAGUCACUCAAAAGGCAGAUAUCAUUCAGGUCACCGGCGAGUUCCUGAUUGAAUUCAAACAGUUACAAUGCCUUCAACCUCGUGGUCGUUAUGACAUCAAGUUGUACCCAAGUUUUAUUCACUUGCAUGGAAAGUCUUUCGACUUUAAAGUUCCUAAGAAUACUAUUACCCGGUUAAUGAUGCUUCCUCAUCCUGACAAUAGGCAGAUAUUUUUCGCCGUCCAGCUUGACCCGCCUAUCAAACAUGGUCAAACCAGAUAUCACUUCAUUAUUAUGCUUUUCGACAAGGAUUCUCAUGUGGAUUUAGAAAUGGCUGCCACAGAAGAAUGGCUUCAGGAACACUUUAACGGCAAACUGACGCAAAAUAUAUCUGGAAGCGAAUAUGAAGUAGUCGCUCGAGUGUUCAAGGUUAUUUUUGAUCAGAAAGUAACAGUUCCAGGCAGUUUUACUGCAAAAGGUGGCGGCUGUGCUGUUGCAUGCAGUUAUAAGGCAUCAGUCGGUUUACUUUACCCCUUGGAGAGGGGAUUUACUUUUGUACCUCGUCCUCCAAUUUCUAUGCGCUUCGAUGAAAUAAUAUCUGUACAGUUCUCUCGUGGAACAGGCGCUCAGCGGUCUUUUGACUUUGAGGUAGAAACUCGAAAUGGUUUAACACAUACAUUUACUUCAAUUGAAAGAGAUGAAUAUCAUAAUCUGUAUGAUUUUGUCACUGCUAAAAAACUUCGUGUGAAAAAUAUCAAUGCUGAGAAUAAAACCAAUACAAGUGUUGGUGAUGAUGUCUGGUCAUCCUCGGAUGAAUCACAUGAUGCUUAUAUGGAAAAAGUUAAGACAGAAGCCCGUGAACGAACUGCUGAAAUCGAUGAAGAUGAUGAUGACGAUGAAGAUGAUGAAGAUUUUAAACCACCAGAGUCAGAUGGUUCAGAAUUAGCCGAAGAGUAUGAUAGUAAUGUACAAACAACAACAAGUGAUGAAGAGUCUGGUGAUGAUGAUUCUGAUGCUGAUGACAAUGAUGAUGAUAAGAAUGAAGACCGUGGUGGCGGCGGUAGUAAGAAAGAAAAAAGUCGUGACACUCAUCGUCACAGUGAUAAAGAUAAUAAGGGUAAUGAUGAUGAUGAUGAUGACGAUGUCGAUAGUCUAUCAAGUGUCAGUGAUGCUGAACCAGCACCUAAGCAUAAAAAACUAAAAGAUGAUUCAAAAAAAUCUCAUAGUAAAUCUCACAAAGAUGAUGCUAAACCAUCAAAACGUCAGACAAAAAAGCCUAAAAAACCUAAAGAUCCAAAUGCGCCUACUCGACCGCCAACUGCUUAUUUCUUAUGGUUUAAUGAAAAUCGUGAGAAGAUAGCUAAAAGUUUAACUGGACAAAAUUCUGUUGCUGAAGUCGCUAAAGCUGCUGGUGAACAAUGGAGAAAUAUGGACAGUGAUACGAAGUCAACUUAUCAAUCGAGGGCUGAUGAAUUGAAAAAGAAAUAUCAAGAAGAUUUACGUAAAUAUCAGUCAACGUUAACAACAUCAUCAAAAGACGCUGAAUUAUCUUCAGAUUCUGAUUAG